GACUAAACCUCUGUCCAAACUUUCCCUCCCUUCUCUGUCAGUCUGUGCGUGCCUCGCCAAGUCGUGAGAGCGCAAGAAGAACUCCCCGCUCUCUAGCACGGCUUCAAUUCGCGUUUUAAUUCCGUUACCAAGGUGCACCAUGGGAAACAAGAUCAGCAGGAGACGGGAUACCGCACCAGCCGAGCAGAAGGCUGCAGAGGAGGCAAUCGACACGCAGGAAGCUGUGGUGGAGGCAGUAGCUGAUGAGCCAGUGGUGGUUGCAGAGGCGACUGAACCAGUAGUAGAAUCAGUGCCAGCACCAGUACAGGAGGCUGAGCCAGAGCCCUCCAAGCAGCCAGAGACGGAGCCCCCAUUGGAGGAGCCGGUGAGCGCCCCACUGGUAGACCUUGCACCAGAGCCGGCCCCAGCACCGCCUGAACCCGAGCCCCUGGUGUCAGUCAGCAAACCAGUGCCAGUCGUCCCAGAGCCAAAGCCAGUCGUCCCAGAGCCAAAGCCAGUCGUCCCAGAGCCAAAGCCAGUCGUCCCAGAGCCAAAGCCAGUCGUCCCAGAGCCAAAGCCAGUCGUCCCAGAGCCAAAGCCAGUCGUCCCAGAGCCAAAGCCAGUCGUCCCAGAGCCAAAGCCAGUCGUCCCAGAGCCAAAGCCAGUCGUCCCAGAGCCAAAGCCAGUUGUCAUAGAACAGGAGGCUGUCCCAGAGCCCUUCCUCUCCCCUGCCCCUCUGGACCUGGGUGUCCCUGAUGCUCCCCCCUCCCACAGAUCUGCCCCAGACCAGCCCACAGACCUGGGGGAUGCAGAAUGCUAUGACGACGUAAAGGCUGCCUGGAAUUCUGUCGCCGUCCCAGAAGAGUCCAAAGAAUCCCCGGAGAAGCCAGCGAUCAUGGCGGAGAAGCUUCUGUGUGAUGUCAUGGGCAGCGAGCUGAGCAAAGCGGACUCUUCAAGCACUUAGUUAGACCUGACGGCCGAUGACAUCAUGGUCAAUGACGUCAUAGCAGAUGACUUUCUUGAAGGUGACGUGUCCACUGAGCUGAUAUGAGAUGGCCGGAGAAAAUAAAAACUAGAAAAAAGAAGAAAAAACAGGACAAUGAUGUUCUAAAAAAGGCAGACGCAGCAGAAAAAAAAUAAUAAAAAAAAUAAUACAACUUUGAUCUGAGAAGGCUAAAGGGAAAACUAAGCAGCUUAAGGAGACCGUGAAGUAGCACUCAGAUAAUCUGAGACCUGGGAUGUAUUCACUAGGAACCAAACAGAACAAAGCGUACGCAAACGGAAUGAAACUGGGUGGGACCUACCUGAAUUUUCCAAAAGAAAUUCUAGUUUCCGUUGCGAAACGUUUUGGAUUAAUGAUUAGACCCCAGGUAAUACAGACGUGCCUUUCUUUCUGAGUGUAGGUUGACUAAAGGGAUGUGGUGAUGGGUGGCCAGGGCAGGAGAGUGAGUAACCAUCAUCGCCCUCUGAGCCAUAUAGACGUAACGCUGCAUAGCAGAACACUUACAGUAACUAUAUAUGGUAACUAUGUAUGACAAGACGUUUGCCUUGGUGUGUACACCUGAUGAAUUGUAACAACGUUUGAAAUCGGCCUACAUGCUAUGAUGUACAUUCAUACUUGGACUCUCACAAUCCUUCCUCUUUAACUCUGAAACAGAGGUGACCUUAUUAUAUUUUCUCGAUGGUGAGAAGUGGUUUGGAGGAAUCUAUUAAAGGUGAUGGUCUGGUUGUGAAAAUAAAAUAAGAUUUUUCCACCUUGAA